CCUCUAGGGUUUCAAACCCCCAAACUCAUUUCCCCAAAACCCCAUCUCUUACUUUUUCACUACGCUCUCUCUCUCUCUCUCUCUCUGAAUGAAGCUCUGCCAUCGAACCAAAUUUUCGUCGGGGAUCUCUCAGUUUCAUUCUAUCCGCUGGUUCAGGAUUCGUCUCCAGUUUCUUCGUUAAAGGUGAGCCGGCUUGAUCCUGUAGGGGAUAUUUGAAUCUGUAAUCGAUACCGCAUCUGGAAAUAGAAUUGAACUCUUCUUUUUAUAUAAAGUUUGAAUCUUGGGAGGUAAAAGAGCAUGGGGAAGUCUGGGGGAAGGAAAAAGAAGACUGGUGCUAACCAAAACCAGAGCCAAAACCAAGUGAGCAGUGGAGAUAACCACUCGCCACCUGUUGUCAAUGGUGGUGUUAAUCUGGACUCAUCAGUAUUUUUGAAGAGAGCCCAUGAGCUCAAGGAAGAAGGUAACAGAAGGUUUCAGGCCAAGGAUUAUGUGGGUGCUCUUCAACAGUAUGAGAAUGCGCUUAAACUCACUCCAAAAAUGCAUCCUGACCGGGCGGUCUUUCACAGCAAUAGAGCUGCUUGUUUGAUGCAGAUGAAACCUAUUGACUAUGAAACUGUGAUAUCUGAGUGUAAUUUGGCACUUCAGGUACAGCCACAAUUUGUCCGAGCCCUUCUCAGGAGGGCUCGCGCAUUCGAGGCAGUAGGUAAGUAUGAGCUAGCUAUGCAAGAUGUGCAAUCAUUGUUGAUUAGUGAUCCUAAUCAUGGUGAUGCCUUGGAGAUUGCUGGACGAUUGAGGAUGGCACUUGGCCCUCGUCAAGAGGCCCAGCAGGACCUCCAGAGCCGCCCAUCACCAGCAGCUCUUGGGGCCUCUGCAGUGCGUGGGGCACCAAUAGCUGGCCUUGGACCAUGUUUGCCAGCCCGACCUGUACCUAAGAAGCAAACAUCUUCAGUAAUUGGACCUACUGUCCCAUCUAACAAGUCAGAAAAGUUGUAUCCAAUUCCGCCUAUUGAAAAUGGUCCUGAGAGCAAAAACCAGUUGCCAAAAGUUGUUUUAAAGCCUUCCAAUGGUUCUUCAAGACCCAAUGCACAUUCUAGCAAGGAUAACCAUAAGGAACAGUCAACUUCUCCAUCAGUGUUGCUUCCACAUCAUGGGAAAUCUGCACAGGCUACAAUUCGUUACAGACCAUUGAAGCUUGUCUAUGAUCACGACAUAAGGCUUGCCGAGAUGCCUGUCAAUUGCACUUUAAAAGUUUUGAGGGAUGUGAUUAGCAAACGUUUUCCUAUGUCAAAAGCAGUGCUGAUUAAAUACAAAGACAGUGAUGGUGACUUGGUUACUAUAACAUGUACCGCCGAACUUAGACUGGCCGAGUCCUCUGUUGACAACCUUAUUCCAAAAGAUCCUGAUACAGAUAAAGGGGACUUCAUUAGUAUUUUGAGGUUGCAUAUUGUUGAAGUGAGUCCUGAGCAAGAGCCACCUUUACUUGAAGAGGAGGAGGAAAAGCCUCUUGAGAGUGAUACAGCUAAAGGGGAUGAGAAUGUCUCACAGUCUUCAGUGGCUGAUUCUGCAGUGGAAGCUGUGGAUUCUGAGAUUGACAACACUGAGAAAACUGUUCCCAAUGAGAAAACUGGAGCACCGGAAGACCCAGAAUGUAAGGAGGUGGAGAUGGAUGAUUGGUUAUUUGAGUUUGCACAGCUUUUCAGGACCCAUGUUGGGAUCGACCCUGAUGCGCAUAUCGAUCUUCAUGAGCUCGGGAUGGAAUUGUGUUCUGAAGCCCUUGAGGAGACAGUGACAAGUGAAGAGGCUCAAAAUCUUUUUGACAAGGCAGCCCUGAAGUUUCAAGAGGUGGCUGCAUUGGCAUUCUUCAACUGGGGAAAUGUUCAUAUGUGUGCAGCAAGGAAAAAAAUUCCGAUAGAUGAAUCAGCUGGCAAAGAAAUGAUGGAUGCACAGCUUCAGAAUGCUUAUGAUUGGGUGAGGGAGAAGUAUUCUCUUGCUAGAGAAAAGUAUGAGGAGGCUCUAUUGAUUAAGCCAGACUUUUAUGAAGGAUUAUUGGCUCUGGGGCAGCAACAAUUUGAAAUGGCAAAGCUUCAUUGGUCAUUUGUAUUAGCAAAGAAAGAGGAUUUGUCGAAAUGGGAUCCAACUGAGACCAUUGGUCUUUUUGAUAGUGCAGAAGAAAAAAUGAAAUCAGCAACUGAGAUGUGGGAGAAGAUGGAGGAGCAGAGAGUUAAUGAAUUGAAAGAUCCUAGUGUAAGCAAGAAGGAUGAACUAUUGAAAAGAAGGAAAAAACAGGGCGGUGGUGCACAAGGUGAUUCCUCAGGUACAACGAGUGGGGAAAUCUCACCUGAGGAAGCAGCAGAGCAAGCUGCUGUCAUGAGAUCUCAAAUUCAUCUGUUUUGGGGCAACAUGCUUUUUGAGAGAUCUCAAAUUGAAUGUAAAUUGGGCUUGCCUGAUUGGAAAAAGAAUCUGGAUGUUGCAGUGGAGCGCUUUAAACUUGCUGGAGCUUCUGAAGCUGACAUUUCAACAGUUCUUAAAAAUCACUGUUCUAAUGAGGAAGCAGCAGCUGGGCAUGAGAAAAAGGUUGAGGAUCCUAUUAGUAAUGUGGUUGACAAAGGAGAUAACUGAAAAGGUAUUUCACAUUUUGUCAUGUGGUGCUUGGAGGUGUCACCACGGGUGAUGGUUCACUUUUCAUACUUCUGGGUUCGAGUGAAAGGGUGUUUGAUGCUCAACUUGGAUUGAAAAAAUUGUUUUUGCUGUAUUCCCUUGACAAAGAGAUGUCUAUUCAUGUGGCAAUUUGGAGUUUAUGCUUCGAAGGUUUUCUGUCAUGUCCUUGAAACUUUUGGACUUUCAACUUUGAGGCUGACCGUGAUGUUUGCAAUGGUUCCCAUAAAAAGUUUAUAUGGGCUUAACAAUUCAUAUCGUAAUAUGUAUCAUCAGUUCUUGGAAGCCAACAAUCUUACAUUUUGAUCUUAAGUGAGUAAUAAUAUAUCUUGUACCAUGUUCUUUCGCGGCUUAACUAUUCUUUCUUUUAAUGCUUA